AUGCUCAUCGCGUUGUUCGCUCUUCUUGCUCUUUGCUACGCCUCACCAAUGCUUAGGGACCCAUUUGACGUUCCUUCAACUUCCGAUUUGAAGCGAACCUCUCUCCUUCCGGCAGAUUCACUCUCUGCUUUCCUCGAAAACUCAAACCCGGAAAAUACUUUCCACAUGGAUAUGGACGGAGUAGCAGCCGCAUCCACGAAAAAGACUGAGAAGAUGCCUAUGCAGAAACGUCUCAAAGAGCGCCUUUUUGAUGAGGACAGACCAAUCCCUGAUGUUCUUCCUGAGGAACCGCUCAACUUGGAGUUCCUCCAACCUCAACCAGGAGUUGCCCCCAAAUUGACAGGAUCCUCUGCCACUGCUGAGGUGGAUUCUAGCACUCCCAUUGAUUUCGAGUACUUCAAUUUUGGUGAAGGAGCGGGGCCUGUGGUUAACCCUGCUGGCACAUAUCUUGAAGGCGGAAACUUUGAAAAGAUUCGUGCUCCGAAGUGCAGUAUUUCUGGAUGCACAGGACCGCUUCCGAAUGACGGUAGCUUCUCUGUUGAUGCACCAUCAUCAUCUGGAAAAGCAUGCCAACAAACGUUCGUCCCAUUGAGCGGUUGCACCGACAACAAAGGCUAUCCGAUGGGCAUGUUGUGUUCGAUCUGUUGCGAAUGUUCAGCUAGUUUUAUUAGAGAAAUGAAGAAGACGCAUGGAUUCAAGAUUGGUUACAGCCCAUAG